AUGCCAAGUCCUGUGGUCUCCAAUGGAUCAGAUGUCACCUUCAGGUGCCAAGGCCCACUGAGGAGUGGCAGAUUCCAGCUGUGGAAGGAUAGAGAGCUCAGAGAUGAGAGAAAUGCUUCCAAGCAGCUGGCAGAGUUCAAGCUCAGGAAUGUGGAUGGCACGACUGAUGCCAGAAGCUAUAGCUGCCGCUAUGCGCAGGGGCCCUUGUGGUCAGAGUUCAGUGAACCUCUGGCAUUGGUGGUAACAGGAUUCUUCUCCCAACCCUACAUUUCAACCCAGACUGACAUUCCAAUAAGCUCAGGUAGAAAAGUGACCAUCUUUUGUGAAAAGUCACCCAUCACUUUCUCUCAGGACUACAUUUUUGUCCUGCUGGAGGCAAAGAGCCUUAAGCCCCUGAGGAAGCAGAGCUCUUCAGCAAUUUCUUACUUCAUAUUCCCAUCUGUGAGGAUCCAGGAUUCUGGGAACUAUAGCUGUAUUUACUACAAGAAGACAGCCCCCUACAAAGGGUCACAACCCAGCCAGGCCCUAAAGCUGACUAUACUUGGAACACUCCCCAAGCCAACCCUGUGGACACUUUCUGGCCUUGUAGUGAUUCCAGGGACCAAUAUCACUUUCUGGUGCUCCAGACCCAAGCUGUCUUUCCUUAAAGAGGUGACUUUCAUUCUAUGGAAGCCAUGGACCAGGACAUACUUAAAUGCCCAGAGCUCAGGAGAACUCUGGACCAGCUUCGUCCUCCCUUCUGUCAGACCUGAGGAUACUGGGAGCUACAGUUGUACUUACAAGGAAAUGACAGCUUCUGCUAGAAAUUCAGAGGGUAGUGAUGUCCUGAAGUUGGUGGUGACAGAUGCACUUCCCAAAGCUUCUCUCUCAAUCUGGCCAGCCCCAGAGAUAGCCUCAGGGGUCAACGUGACCCUCCUAUGUCAGGGGCCCUCAAGAUAUACUGAGAUUGUUCUGUACAAGGAAGGAGAUGAGAAAAUCUUGCCAAGCACCUACACCACUCAAGAUGGAGCCCAGUUCUUCUUGACUCAUGUGACACCCAAGCAUUCUGGCAAUUACAGCUGUGGCUACCAAUCUGGCACUGAGGACAGUCUCUGGACCCAACUCAGUGACCCCCUGGAGCUGAUCGUGAGAGCUUCAGAGUCUAGUAAUACCCUCAUCAUCACCCUCAGCUGUGUCUCCUUCUUCCUCCUCCUCCUUUGCAUUCUCCUGCUGGCAUUCAUCUGUUGUGGAUCCAUUCCUAUGGGUGAGUGUGAUAAAGACAGAGUUAAGCCCCUUAGGGUAUGA